CUCUUGUCGACCAGGAGUGUAGUGUCGGGGGUCUUGCAAAAUUACAUAGCUCCAACAUUGUGAACAACAUUAUUGAAACUMCAUGUCACUAACAAUUGGCGUAGAUGUUGGUGGUACUAACACUGAUGCUAUCAUCCUUAAGCAAUCAGAAGUCAUCUGYGUAGCUAAAACUCCAACCACAGAAGAUGUYACUUCAGGACUUGAGAAAGCUAUAAGAAAGACCAUUAAUGAUUUACCCUCAGGAUAUAACAUCAACCAAGUACAGCGCGUUAACAUUGGGACUACACAUUUUGUCAAUGCAUUGGUUCAGAGAAAAGGCAUUGUGCCUGUAGCAGUACUGCGGCUAUGUGGUCCAGCUUCACGAAGUGUUCCACCAUUUACAGAUUUUCCUGAUGAUUUAAGAAGGGUUAUUGCUGGUCCAUACUUCUUUUUAAAUGGGGGAUAUGAGUAUGAUGGGCAUACUAUCAUUUCAGAGGUUGAUGACGAAGAAGUGAAGUCAGUUGCCAAAGAAAUUGUAAAAGCAGGUAUACGAAAUGUUGUGAUAAUAGGAGUAUUCUCUUCAGUAAAUGCCGACCAGGAARAACAGGUUAAAAAGGUUAUCCGUCAAACCAACCCUGAUCUAAGCAUCACUGUAUCCCAUGAUGUGGGGCAGAUUGGAUUUCUAGAAAGAGAAAAUGCCUCUAUACUCAAUGAGAGUUUAAAGCCAUUGUGUGUUAGAACAGUUGGUGCUUUUGAAAGUGCUUUGCAAAGAAUUGGUCUUCCUUGUCCAUUUUACUUGACUCAAAAUGAUGGAACCAUUGUAAGUGCUUCRAGAGCCACUGAGCUUCCAGUCUUCACAUUUUCAUCAGGACCAACCAAUAGUAUGCGAGGAGCUGCUCAUCUUUCUAAUCUACAUGAUGCAAUAGUUGUUGAUAUUGGUGGUACAACUGCUGAUGUUGGUGUGUUGUGCAAUGGAUUCCCAAGGCAGUCUUCUACUAGAGUUAAGGUUGGAGGYGUAAAUACCAACUUCAGAAUGCCUGAUGUACUUAGUAUUGGCUUAGGAGGGGGAUCUCUAGUUUUACAAGAUGAAACUACGGGCAAAGUGACUGUUGGUCCACAAAGUGUUGGAUAUAAACUAGACAGAGAAGCCCUGGUUUUUGGUGGAAAUGUUAUGACUGCUACUGACAUUGCUGUAGCAGGUUUUCUGUGCAACAUUGGUGACAGAGAGAAAGUCUCUCACAUCUCAGAAGAUUUGAAAACAACUGCACUCAGCACUAUUAAGAAAAUGGUGGAAGAUGCYAUUGAUCAAGUUAAGAUUAGUAGUCAAGACCAACCUGUUAUACUUGUUGGUGGUGGCUCGRUUCUUAUUGACUGCAACUUGCAACUCAAAGGUGCCUCCACUUUUAUSAAGCCUGCUUAUUUCCAGGCUGCCAAUGCUGUUGGAGCAGCACUUGGUAAAGUCAGUGGAGUAGUUGAUAAAGUAUUUGUCCUUGGACAAAMAACUGAGGCACAGGUGAUGAAUGAGGCAGUUGCUGAGGCAUACCAAGAAGCAGAGAAAAAUGGCGCAAAGGCUGAAAGUAUUGAAACCAUUGACAAAAUGGCUGUUAAGUUGGCCUAUUUACCAGGAAAUGUGACCAGGAUUCAAGUGAAGACUGUUGGAGAUCUAGCUGACCAUGCAGACAAGGAAAAUGCAAAAGUGAACAAUAUUAUUCUGAGAGAAACUCAAACAACAACAGCGUCACAUCCUCCUCRCAGUGGUAACACUGAUAACCCAAGUCACUGUGAYAAAUCUCAAGUUAUUGGAAACAACAAGAAUUCAGUCCCUUCCACUCCUCAACAAGUACAUGAACGUGACAGUCAAACUGAACCCUACAUUGACCAGAGUACUGGAGAAUGGGUUUUAAGUGAGUUUGAUGUAGAAUGCAUGGCUAUUGGUGCUGGUAUUCUUGGCUGCGGUGGGGGUGGGAGUCCAUACAUUGGAAAAAUAGGUAUACAACAGCUUAUAAGGUCUGGCAAGAAAAUCAGAGUAAUUCAUCCAGACAGUCUUUUGGAAACAGAUCCUGUUGUAGCUGUGGCCUUCAUGGGAGCUCCUGUCAUCUUGAUAGAAAAAUUACCAUCAGGAUUUGAGACCUCUGAGGCAUCCAAAGUGUUAGGACCCUUUUUGAAAAAGAAGUCUGAUUUAGAGAAGCCAUUUGCGGCUGUGGUAUGUGCAGAGGUUGGUGGCAUGAACUCAAUAGCACCACUUGUUGUAGCUGCUGAACUUGGGAUUCCUGUGGUAGAUGCAGAUGGAAUGGGGAGAGCAUUUCCAGAACUGCAAAUGAUUUCACCGUUUGUUUAUGGUUGCCAGCCCUUUCCUGCAGGAAUAGCAGAUGAAAAGGGCAAUGCACUUGCAAUGGCUAAAGUGACAUCAUCWAAAGAACUUGAAAAUUAUUUCAGAAUAGUUUGUGUUCAUAUGGGAUGCUCAGCUGGAAUUGCAUUWAAAUUUUYUGGAAAGGAUGUCCAUCAAACGUUUGUUAAGUACACYUUGAGUCGGAUAUGGCGAUUAGGAAGAGCAAUUUUACAAGCAAGAAAAGACAAACUCCAACCAGUUGAAGCCAUUCUCAAACAUGAAGGAGGAAAACUUUUGUUUACAGGAAAGAUAUCUGCUGUUGAACGUCAAUCAGGGCAUGGCUUUGAUAAGGGUACUAUAACUGUUGAAUCGUCCACACARGAGAAAGGAAACCCUUUGAAAGUUGAGUUCCAAAAUGAGAACURCUUGGCCUACUUUGUCAACAAUGACGGCACUAAAAAUGUGCAAGCCUGUGUACCAGAUCUGAUAUCAUUGGUUGAUUCAGAGACAGGUCAGCCAAUACCUACAGAGGAAGUACGGUAUGGKUUGAGAGUGGCUGUACUGGCAAUGUGCUGUAGUGAGAAGUGGACCACACCCAGKGCCCUUUCUGUAGUGGGUCCAAGUGCAUUUGGGUAUGGAGGUAUAGAUUAUGUGCCUGUUGGAAAGUAUGUGGAACACUCACCAUUACCGAAGGUGAGACCAAAUGGUCCAUAAUGUGAGAAUAACUCAGCUUUGAAARCGAUGAAAGAUGGAAAAGAAAUGGGAAACUACGAAGUUGGUACAACUGCAUAAUAAUUGUAUUUUAAGGUAGAAUUAAGAUAAUAAGUAUAUGAAUAAGUAAAAUUAAUACAAUGCUUUCAGUGCAAACACUUAUUCAGACUGUGAAAUAAGUAGUUGAACUGUAAUUACUACUAAACAGUGCUGACCAAAAAAUAAUMAGCCGUGAAAGAAUAUUGUUUAAUAGAUUAACUAGAGUGAAGGCAUUGAUCCUGUGAAAUAAAAGUUAAUAAUUAAACUGUAAUAGUCAAAUAGACACAAAAGAAAACAAUGGAAUUAUCGAGUAAUAACAUGUAAUAGUCAAAUAUGUAUUUCACGGGUUCAUUGACUUCACUCUACCAGUGUGCACUCUAAAACUAUAAAUAAUGACAAUAACAAUAAUUCAUAAUAAUGAUUAAUACAAUAAUGAUUUACAAUAAUGAUGAAUAUUGAUGAUUGUUUUUAUUGCACAUUAAGCAUACCAUUUACAUGUAAUGUGAAGCAAUAMGGAGCUACCAGUAGCUAGAAUUAUUUUCAUUAUAUUGAAGAAAGCUUAGCUUUCAAUAGAUCACAGGGUUACUUCUGUCUAAAAACAAGUUAAGAACUUUUAUAACCAUUUAAAAAAUAGUUUCUCAUUGAUAAUGAUAUAUUAAGUUGUGUGUAAGCAUGAAUUAAAUUCUUGUAUGYAUACUGACUGUAACCACUGUAGGCUGGAUUAGAAUGG